GCAGAGGAAGGAGCAGGGAGACAAGACUGGAUUGGAGCAGCACUCAGAAGCGGCUCCCAUCCCCCUGCCGGCUGCCCUCCCUCCAGGCGACUCCUCUGGCCAGCCCAGCAGGCAGACACAGCCCCAGGAGCCUCUGAGGCAGCUUCACACCGUUCAGACAAUUCUUUUGGCACAAUGUCUCAUUCCAAGGAGUCAGACGAACUUGUUUUCUUUGUGAAUGGGAGAAAGAUCGUGGAGAGGAGUUCUGACCCUGAAGAAAACUUACUGUUCUAUCUGAGAAAGAAACUCCGACUCACAGGGACCAAGUAUGGCUGUGGAGGAGGGUCCUGUGGUGCCUGCACAGUGAUGAUCUCAAGAUAUGACCCCAUCUCUAAGAAGAUACGUCACUUCUCUGUCACCGCCUGCCUGGUGCCCAUCUGCUCUCUCUAUGGGGCCGCUGUCACCACCGUAGAAGGCAUAGGAAGCACCAAAACCAGGAUUCACCCUGUUCAGGAAAGGAUUGCUAAAGGCCACGGUACCCAGUGUGGGUUCUGCACCCCAGGAAUGGUGAUGAGCAUCUAUACUCUCCUGAGGAACCACCCGGAGCCCUCUACAGAACAGUUAAUGGAAACCUUGGGUGGUAAUCUAUGCCGCUGUACUGGAUACAGACCCAUUGUGGAGAGCGGGAGAAGUUUUAGUCCUAGUUCCUCUUGCUGCCAAAUGAAUGGGGGAAAGAAAUGUUGCUUGGAUCAAGAAGAAAGCAAGGCUGAGAGCAAAGCUAAUAGAAUGGCAGAAGAUCCCCAAAAGAAAGUUCUGACUUUCCACGGGGAGAAGACUACCUGGAUUUCCCCAGGAACCCUGGCAGGCCUCCUGGAGCUGAAGAUGGAGCACCCCGAUGCACCUCUGGUGAUGGGGAACACUUCUCUAGGGCCUGAUAUGAAGUUCAAAGGAGUUUCCCCUCCCAUUAUUAUCUCUCCUGCAAGGAUAUUGGAAUUAUUUAUUGUGACUAACACAGAAGAAGGGCUGACCCUGGGUGCUGGCCUCAGGCUGGCCCAGGUGAGGGACGUCCUGGCUGAUGCGGUCUCUGAGCUCCCGGAGGAGAAGACGCAGACGUAUCGCGCUCUCUUGAAGCACAUGAGGACCCUGGCGGGACAGCAGAUCAGGAACAUGGCAUCCUUAGGUGGUCAUAUAAUUAGCAGGCUGCCGACUUCUGAUCUCAACCCCAUUUUGGGAGUAGGCAAUUGCAUCCUCAAUGUUGCUUCAAAAGAAGGAAUGCAGCAAAUUCCUUUGAAUGAUCAUUUUCUUGCUGGAGCAACAAAUGCAAGCCUUAAGCCAGAACAAGUCCUAGUUUCUGUGUUCAUUCCUAUCUCUAGAAAGUGGGAGUUUGUGUCAGCUUUCAGACAGGCCCCCCGCCAGCAAAAUGCCCUUGCAAUCGUGAAUGCUGGGAUGAGAGUCCUUCUCAAAGAUGGCACACACACCAUUGCGGACUUGAACAUCUUAUACGGAGGAGUGGGUCCUACUACUGUCAGUGCCAGGGAAUCCUGCCAGCGGCUCCUUGGAAGAUGCUGGGAUGAAGACAUGUUGAAUGAAGCUUGCAGGCUGGUCCUGGAUGAGAUCCCACUUCCGGCGUCCGCCCCUGGAGGGAGGGUGGACUACCGCCGAGCUCUCCUGAUCAGCUUCCUCUUCAAAUUCUACAUCGACGUGUGGCGGCAGUUACAGAUGAGGGAACCAAGUGGCUACCCUGACAUUCCCAAGAAACUCUUAAGUGCCCUGGAAGACUUUCCAUUGACCAUUCCUUGGGGGAUACAGUCAUUCGAGCGUAUGGAUCCCCAGCAGCCCUCCCAAGACCCAGUGGGACGCCCCAUCAUGCAUCAGUCAGGCAUUAAACACGCCACAGGGGAGGCUGUAUUCUGUGAUGACAUGCCUGCCUUGGCAGACGAACUCUUCCUGGCUGUGGUGACCAGCACCAGGCCGCAUGCCAAAAUCAUUUCCAUUGAUGCCUCUGAGGCCCUGGCACUGCCUGGUGUCAUCGAUGUGAUAACGGCGCAGGAUGUUCCUGGUGAAAAUGGCAGUGAGGAAGAAAGAUUGUAUGCACAGGAUGAGGUGAUUUGUGUGGGUCAGAUUGUCUGUGCUGUGGCUGCUGACUCGUACGCCCAUGCCAAGCAAGCCACGAGAAAGGUGAAGAUUGUGUACAAAGAUGUGGAACCUGUGAUUGUGAGCAUUCAGGAUGCAAUAAAACACAAAUCAUUCAUUGGUCCUGAAAAGAAACUAGAACAAGGAGAUGUUGAGAAGGCAUUUCAAGCUGUUGAUCAAAUCAUUGAAGGGGAAGUACACUUUGGAGGACAGGAGCAUUUCUACCUGGAGACGCAAAGUGUGCGCGUGGUGCCAAAGGCGGAGGAUGCAGAGAUGGACGUCUACGUGUCAAGCCAGGAUGCAGCCUUUACACAGGAAAUGGUGGCUUGUGCCUUGGGCAUUCCAAAGAACAGGAUCAACUGCCACGUGAGAAGGGUCGGCGGGGCUUUCGGAGGGAAAUCGAGCAAGCCUGGGCUCCUGGCAGCAGUGGCAGCUGUGGCGGCAAACAAGACUGGCUGCCCAGUGCGUUUUGUUCUCGAGCGUGGGGACGACAUGUUGAUCACUGGAGGACGCCACCCAUUACUGGGGAAAUACAAGAUUGGCUUCAUGAACAACGGGAAAAUCGAGGCAGCAGACAUUGAAUAUCAUAUCAACGGAGGCUGCACACCAGAUGACUCUGAACUGGUAAUAGAAUAUGCUUUGCUCAAACUGGAAAAUGCUUAUAAGAUCCCCAACCUGCGUGUCCAAGGCCGAGCCUGCAAGACCAACUUGCCGUCCAAUACGGCCUUCCGGGGGUUCGGGUUUCCCCAGGGAGCCUUUGUAACAGAGACCUGGAUGUCAGCUGUGGCAGCCAAAUGCCAUCUGCCGCCAGAAAAGGUUAGAGAGUUGAACAUGUACAGGACAGUUGAUAGGACAAUCCACAAGCAAGAAUUCAAUCCAGAGAAUCUGAUAAGAUGCUGGGAGAAAUGUAUGGAAAAUUCUUCAUACUGCAGCAGGAGAAAAGCUAUAGAGGAAUUUAACGAGCAGAACUAUUGGAAGAAGCGAGGAAUAGCCAUUAUCCCCAUGAAAUUCUCCGUUGGAUUUCCAAAGACUUUUUAUUAUCAGGCUGCUGCUCUGGUCCACAUCUACACAGAUGGAUCUGUGUUGGUUGCUCAUGGUGGAGUUGAAUUGGGUCAAGGUAUUAACACCAAAAUGAUACAGGUGGCCAGCCGUGAGCUAAAGGUACCAAUGUCCUACAUACACAUCGGCGAGAUGAAUACCGUGACAGUGCCCAACACAAUUACCACCGCAGCCUCCGCUGGUGCAGAUGUCAAUGGAAAAGCUGUACAGAGUGCCUGCCAGACUCUCCGGAAACGCCUGCAGCCCAUCAUCAGCCAGACUCCUAAUGGCACCUGGGAGCAGUGGGUUAAUGAAGCUUUUGCUCAAAGCAUUAGUCUCUCCGCCACCGGAUAUUUUAGAGGUUACGAGGCUCGCAUGGACUGGGAGAAGGGAGAAGGUGACAUAUUUCCUUACUUUGUUUUUGGAGCUGCUUGUUCUGAGGUUGAAAUAGACUGUCUGACGGGUGCCCAUAAGAACAUCAGAACUGAUAUCGUCAUAGAUGCUUCUUUCAGUAUAAAUCCUGCUGUGGACAUAGGACAGAUUGAAGGGGCCUUUACUCAAGGUGUUGGACUUUACACCCUGGAGGAACUAAAAUACUCUCCCGAGGGAGUCCUACACACCCGUGGUCCAGAGCAGUACCAAAUCCCUUCGGUUACUGAUAUCCCAGAGGAGCUGCAUGUGUCCCUGCUGACAACAACACAAAACCCAAAAGCAAUCUACUCCUCCAAGGGCCUAGGUGAAUCCGGAAUGUUUCUGGGGUCUUCCGUAUUCUUCGCCAUCACUGACGCUGUAGCCGCAGCUCGCAGCGAGAGGGGCCUGCCCCCUGCCUUGGCGAUGAACAGCCCUGCCACUCCAGAGCUCAUCCGGAUGGCCUGUGUGGAUCAGUUCACGGACCUGAUUCCACAAACUGAUUCUAAAUGCUCUGAGCUGUGGUCCAUCCCCAUUGCCUGAAGUUUGGUGUUCAAGAAGAAAAGUUGAUUUUCUGAUGGAUUUAAGGACUCCACAGAUCACUAGUAUAAACUUCUAUAUCUAAAAUAUAUAGAAAAUUAGGGACAAUUCUUUAAUUUUCAUUUUUACAAAAUAUCUUGAAAUCUCAAUUAUAUGUAUAGGAAAUUACAUUUCUGGAGUCUCAACAAAAUAUGUUUAUCUCAAUGUAGUCAUUACAGAAUCUUUCAAUAAUAUAUAGUACCUCCCUGCUGAUCAUGUAAGGAAAAUGAAGGCCUCGACCAUAACAUUCCUAUUCUGAGAAAAAAAAAAUGAGAGACCAGAAAAGAUUUUUUUGAUUGUUUGCUAGUAGUUUGUGAAGCUUCUUAUUUAAGACACUUUGUCUAAAAAUUACUUUCAUUCAGCUUUUAUCAUUAGUCUGUAUCACACAGCAGGGUAUAACAACAGAUGACAGUCCCUGCUGACUAGGAAGCAAAUAUUCACUUGCUUUGUUAAUCUACAGAUUUGUUGACAGUUCAUUGACUUUCAAAAUCUUCCACUUAUCAAGGAGCCAUCAAUGGUCUCAACAAAUUAUCACUUCCUAUAUCACCUCCUAAGAUGAUUUAUAGGAGGGGAAUUUAAGGAAACUGGAAAUAAUUCCAUGAAACUAUUGGCAUAUUUGCCAGCAUGACAUCAACAAGGAAAGAUUUAGCCUAAUUCUGUUCAUUGAAUUUUCCCUUCUAUGUCUGUGCUCAACAUGAAAAUUGGUUAUAUUUUAUUGCUCAAAAUAAAGUUGUGGUGGUCAGCACUGUGGCAUAGUAGGUAAAGCCACUGCCUGCAGUGCCAGCAUCCCAUAUGGCCGCUGGUUCCAGUCCUGGCUUCUCCACUUCCUAUCUGGCUCUCUGCUGUGGCCUGGGAAAACAAUAGAAGAUGGCCCAAGUCCUUGGGCCCCUGCACCCAUGUGAGAGACCUGGCUUCAGAUUGCCACAGCUUUGACCAUUGCAGCCAUCUGGGGAGUAAACCAGUGGAUGGAAGACUUCUCUCUCUCUCUCUCUCUCUCUCUCUCUCUCUCUCUCUGCCUCUGUCUCUCUGUAACUCUGCCUUUCAAAUAAAUAAAUAAAUCUGUAGAAAAUAAAUAAAUAAAAAAUAAACCUGUGUUAAGAUGAGAAUGGCCAAAUCACUUCUGUUAAUCUACCUCUAGGGUAGUUUCAAUUGGUAUAAACAUUCAAUAUUUUUCAUAUCUAAAGCAUAUUGGAACAUUGUCUAGUCUGGAGUCCUCUAACAUAUGUUUCAAUCAUGAACAGCACACACUAGCAGAUUUCUUUUUGUCCAGUUUUUAUAUAUACAGAUUGCUUUAGUGCUUGUGAUUUCCAACAGGCUGAACUUGCCCAUGGUGCCACCACAAGUCCACCUGACUCAAUAAAUCUUUGGGUUCCA